UAUUUAUUAAACCCUGAUUUUGCAAUAAAUAUAAUUCGGUAUGGCAGAUAUUAAAGUUUCGCGCAAAUUCUAAUUAAAAGACGAUUUACAUGGCACCGAUGACUGGGGAUAGCUCAUUCUAACGGACCAAAAUGAGUACGUACUCCCCACAUCCUUUUCGCCUGACGACGGAAACGAAAUCCAAGUUCCGAAAUGCAUUUUUUUUUCAAAGUACCAGGCGAUGGACAAAACCCACCUGCAAAGACCACAAUUAACCGGAAUUCGCCUGUGGCUUAAACAUCUGACGUAAUACACACGUAUAGUUACACGAGAUAACCUAGCAGCUGAGGAGAAUGGAAAGGCCCAUCAGCAUCCGAAGAAUAUUUUCCCUCAUUUCCAAUGACAAGAAACUGAUGAAACAGAAACAAGUGGUAGGGAGAACUGGAACGCCCAUGACAGAGAAAUGCGUCACUACACGCAGUGUACUGAUAAUAUAUAAAACUGGGUAACAAAGACAACCAGCAAGGCUACUGCGACAUUGUUUAGGUAAACUGUAUUGCCAGCAUGGUCGUAUCAGAAGUUUCUCCAGUUCCGACAAGUUCUCCUGUGAAAGAUCCCAUCCUGAUGGACGGUGGGAACUACAUCAAAGAGGGUCGAGAUUCUACUAAGAGCACGUGUCUCAUAUUCUCACCAAAUGAGGAGGCUGUUGGAGCACUUGCUAAAUCCCUCAAAUUGUUUGAGCAUGGGGUGAAUCUGUUACACAUUGAAUCAAGGCCAUCGGUACGGUUUCCAAACAGAUAUGAGUUUAUGGUGGACUGUGCUCCAUCAAACGAAUUAGGCAUCGCUAUCGAGACUCUCCGUGAAAAUUCUUCAUAUUUCAAUAUCAUCUCACGCAACCACAAGGACAACAGAGAUACUGUUCCAUGGUUUCCUCGUCGUAUACGAGACCUUGAUAAGUUUGCAAAUCAAAUUCUGUCUUACGGAUCUGAGCUUGAUGCAGAUCAUCCAGGAUUCACAGAUCCUGUGUACAGAUCCCGAAGAAAAUACUUCGCAGAUAUUGCCUACAAUUAUAAGCAUGGGCAACCCCUACCGCAGGUUGACUACACAGAGGAAGAGGUAGCAACAUGGGGAUCAGUAUUCCGAGAGCUCACAAAACUCUACCCUACUCAUGCCUGUAAGGAAUACAACCAUGUGUUCCCCCUGCUUAUAGAAAACUGUGGCUACCGAGAAGAUAACAUCCCCCAGCUAGAGGAAGUGUCAAACUUCCUCAAAGACUGUACAGGAUUCACACUGCGCCCAGUGGCAGGACUUCUGUCAUCCCGGGACUUCCUGGCAGGACUGGCAUUCCGUGUGUUCCACUCCACACAGUACAUCCGCCACUCAAGUUGUCCACUAUACACUCCAGAACCUGAUGUGUGUCAUGAGUUGCUUGGGCAUGCUCCAUUGUUUGCUGACCCUGCAUUUGCACAGUUUUCACAAGAGAUUGGACUGGCUUCCCUUGGAGCACCUGAUGAAUAUAUAGAGAAACUUGCCACGUGCUUCUGGUUUACAGUAGAGUUUGGUCUAUGCAGACAGGAUGGACAACUCAAAGCAUUUGGAGCUGGUCUGCUCUCUUCAUUUGGUGAGCUACAGUAUAGUCUGAGUGGAAAACCUGAGCUGAGACCAUUUGAACCUUUCAAAACAGCAGUUCAGCAGUAUCCAAUCACUGAAUACCAGCCUGUGUACUUUGUAGCUGAGAGCUUUGAGGAUUCCAAAGAGAAGAUGAUAAAAUAUUCUCACAAAAUCCCACGUCACUUUGGAGUCCGCUACAACCCCUAUACCCAGAGCAUUGAACUACUGGAUUCUAAGCCUCAAAUUGAAGGACUGGUGGAGAAUAUAAACCAAGAAAUACAGAUCUUGCUUGAUGCUCUGCACAAAUUGUGAUGAGUUCAUAUGUGAAGUUGUGGAAACAACACAAACACAUUACUUUUGGACAAGAUUACAAACAUCUUCUUUCAUGCAUUUUGACCCUUUCAUGUUCACUUUGCAGAUGUCUGCCAUUAGAAUAUAGUGUGACUCAUUAUGGUGGAUGUCUGCCUGUUGUGUUAAGAAAAAUGUUCCAUAUCUCUCCAAGAAAGAUAAUGACAACAGUAAAUUCCAAUAAUUUUUGGGUGUAUUUUAAACUACCACCUAAAGCUGUGAUCAAUUUUCUUCAAAGCAUUACUAUGUGCAGCUAGAAUUAAUAAUUUUGCCAUUUAUUUGUCUUGUGUAAAGCAUUAAGGGGUAAUUUCAACUGAUAAUAUUCUUCGCUGUAAAUAGUGAGAAACACCAUACUGAGAUGCAAAUAACAACAAUAUGAACAUUAAGGUGUUUACACAUAUCAAUAUUUUUAUUUUAUAAUUGUGGAAAACUACUGACAUAAAAUGGUAAGGUGUUUAGUAAGAAACCUUUCAAUAAAAAUACGCAUGACAAGAAAUAGUUUAUAGUCAGUUCGAAGAACGCUUUAAGGGACUAUUUGUAGAGAUAUUUAUGUUUCGUGUUAUCUUGUACAUUAUUUGUAAAUAAAUACACUAGCUGUACUUUUGUUAGCAA